GAAUGGUUACCUCAUCUGUCUCUUAGUAAAACUUUGUGCCAUUGGAGAACAAACCAGUCAUGAAUAAAACAGUUUUUUGUUCUCUUUACAUAUUCACAGUAGGCUAUAGCACUUUUCUUUUGCAUAAAUGCAAACACCAUUUGUUUUCAGCAUAGUCAUUUAAAAGGAGACUUGCUAGCCACUUGCUUAGAUCACGCAAGACAUUUAGUUUGCAUUCUGUGCAAGAAGAAAUACUUAAAACUACAAUUCCUCUAUAAGCACCUGAUCCAUAAUCACUGACAAUUCAGACAAUUCACUUCAGAUCACAAGCUGCUUGUGAGGCAUCCAGGACAAUUUUCAGGUUCAGUUCUGUGGAACAAAUUUAUAUUGGAAACAUGUGGACCGUAGUUCUUCUGCUCCUCGGAGUUAGUGUGGCCAAUGCUGUGACUCAUUCUAUGAAAUACAUAACAACGGCAGUUUAUAAUAUUGACAACUUCCCAGAGUACACAUCUGUUGGUAUGGUGGACGACAUUCCAUUUGUGUACUUUGACAGUAACAUCACGCGGACGAUCCCUAAGACAGAGUGGAUCAAGCAGAAUGAAGGAGCAGAUUAUUGGGACAGGGAAAGCCAGAAAGAGAGUGGUGGUGUAUCGGUCCUCAAAACCAAUAUACAGACUGGAAUGCAGCGUUUCAACCAGACAGCAGGUAACACACACUUGUAGUUCUUACUUUAUUUG